UAGCGAUUUUAGAAGAGAACAACAACUUACUAGAUGCAACCAGAUCAACGGCUGAGCUCUAUUCUCUCCGCUCCUCAUGUCCCUCCUCCGGCGCCUCCUCUCCACCGCGGCGGCCGCCGCCCACGGCCCACUGCCGAUCCGCGUAGCCUUGACGGACUCAGCCGGCCGGGGAGUCUUCGCUACCCGCCCUAUCGCCGCCGGCGAGGUCCUUCACUCCGCUCAGCCCCUCGUCUCCCAUCCGUCCCGCUCCCUCCUCCACGAGGUGUGCUACAGCUGCCUCAGAAGGAAGCCCGGGAAGGGCGGCCACUCCAGCGGGGGCUGCUACUUCUGCAGCGACGCGUGCCGACAACAUGCUAAGGGAUUCCAUGGCAUUGAAAAGAAUUUGGAUUGGUCUUUGUUAGACGAUCACUGCAGUUUGCGUGGUCUCAAGUACCCAUACAUGGUCAAGCGGCUAGCUUGCAUGGUUAUAUCAGGAGCUGUUGGCGCAGACUGUCUUGACAUUCUUCAGCCAGCCCGUUUGCAUCAGGGUAUGAUUUCCGAGAUGGAGGAGGAGUUCGAAUUGCUGGAUUCCACUUUUAGGAAGGCAGGGUUUCAGGAAGAACUCGCCGCUUUUUUCACCAAACAAUGGUACAUCAAUGUACUUGCAAGAAUACGCGUAAAUGCAUUCCGUAUUGAGUUGGUUGCAAGUUCAUAUGAGGAUCUUCUAUCAUCAGCGAUAGCCUCAGUAGCAUGCGAUGCAUCAGUUGGCAAUGCUGUGUAUAUGCUCCCCUCGUUCUACAAUCAUGACUGUGAUCCAAAUACUCACAUAGUUUGGAUGCAAAAUGCAGAUGCUAAACUGAAGACCCUUCGUGAUAUUGAUGAAGGUGAGGAGCUGCGCAUCUGCUACAUUGAUGCAAGCAUGGAUGUCAAUGCCCGGCAAAAGAUUUUGGCUGAAGGCUUUGGCUUCGAGUGCCGUUGUCUCCGAUGCUUAUCUGGAGAUUAGAUUCUACUAGCUGAAUACUCGUGCGUUGCUACGAGUUAAUCGUAAUUUUUAAUGCUCUCAACUAAGAAGAGAGUGUAUAGCAGUGCAUCAAAACGGCGUGACGACCAUUGAAUUGUGGGUUAAUUAUAACUGUUAAGGGCUAAACUAAGAAGAGGUAACACCUAGCAUGUAUUUAGAGCGUGUGAUGUUAUAACGGAGUUGAUCCUGAAGAAUAGAAAGGCAAAGCGAUAUUCAACAUUCA